AUGAAUUUAUUAAACAGGAUUAUUAGAAUCAAUAUACAGAGACCAAUCACUUCAAAAUUAACCUAAUUAAUAAGAAAUCAAUUGGAAAAUUUUUCUUUUUAUUAGGCAAAAGUCCUUGCUGUACAAAUUGAUUGCUAAGGUGGAUCUGUAGUCUAAGCAAAGCAAAUAUAAUAUUUACUUUAAAAAUUUGCUUAAAAACAAAAACUCCCUAUUUUAUGCUUUGCAGGAGCUCAAGUUUAUAAUAGUGCAAAUAUCAUAUUGAGUUGUGCAGAUAAGAUUAUUGCUGCAAAUAAUUCAGAAAUUGGAGAUUAUACUUUUUCAGGAUAACUGUGGAACAUCUCUGAAUUGAUAAAGAGAGAGAAUUUAGAAGUGAUUAAUUUGUCACAUGGAAAGUACAAGGAUCGUUUGAAUCCCUUUCAACCUUACAAAGAGACAGAUAAAGAAUGGUUAAACAAUUCAAUGAAAAAUAAUGAAAUUGAACUUAAAAAACAAAUAACAUUGAACCUGUCUAAAAAGUUCAUAAAUCUACAUGAAUAAACAGACUGUUUAAAUGAGGCAUUUCAGUCUUCCAUAUUAACUGGCUAUCAGGCUCAAAAAUUAAAAAUAGUUGAUGAAAUCGGUACUAUUGAUGAGUACUUGUAAUCAAAUUAUAAAAAUAUGAAAACCAUAGAAUUUUUUAAACCCCAAGCUUAUAACAUUUAAUAAGAGAUUAUAGAAAAGUUAAUAUCAUGA